GGGGCCGGGAGGGGCCGCGAGGCGUGGGGAAGUUGCGCAGCGAUGACGGGAGGUCGGUAGACUCCGUGGUUACACGGAGUGCAGAGGACAGGACAGGACUGGACGUUCAUGAUCAUAUCUCACAGGACGCAAGUUGUACCUAUAUCUUAGUUUAAAAUACGUUAUAGACAGUUUGUGAGAUGAGUGACUUGGAAGAUGACGAUGUCCCCCAGCUUUCUUCCCACACCUUAGCAGCUCUCCAGGAAUUCUAUGCUGAGAAGAAGCAAUGUGCCUACCCAGGUGGGGAUGACAAAUACAAUGUUGGGAGAAUAGAAGAGAAUUGGCAAUUGAGCCAGUUUUGGUACAGUCAGGAAACUGCUUUGCGCCUUGCUAAGGAAGUGACUUCGGCUGCUGGGGAAGGUGGAAGGGUGGCCUGUGUGAGCACCCCUAGUGUUUACCAGAAACUGAGAGAGCUGCACAGAGAAGACUUGGCUGUAUACCUCUUUGAGUAUGACAGAAGAUUCUCCAUUUAUGGAGAGGAGUUUAUCUUCUAUGAUUACAAUAAUCCACUGGACUUCCCUGUAAAUAUUGCCCAUCAUAGUUUUGACAUUGUCAUAGCGGAUCCCCCCUAUCUUUCUGAGGAAUGUCUCAGGAAAACCUCAGAAACCAUCAAGUACCUGACUCAGGGCAAGAUUCUGCUGUGCACAGGUGCUGUCAUGGAGGAAGAGGCAACAAAACUUCUUGGCGUGAAGAUGUGCAAAUUUAUUCCAAAGCACACCCGGACCUUGGCAAAUGAGUUUCGCUGUUACGUGAAUUAUGACUCUCAGCUAGACCAUGAUGUGUAAAUGUAGACCGUGUAUAAUGCAGGACAGGACCCUGUGUGACAUUCCCCUCUUUAUUUUCUUAGCAGGUUGUGAAGCUGUGCACUCGGUCAUCACACUUUUGGAUAAUUUAAAAUUGACUUAAAAGAUCAGUCGGUAUUGUCCUUGGCUGGCUUUUCUCAGUGGUUAGAAUGUUGGCCUGUGGUCUUGGGUUUGGUUUCCAGUCCAGGAUGCGUACCUGGGUUGCAGGUUCGAUUUUUUUCUCUGUCCCCCUCCUCUCUCCUUUCUACUCUCUAAAAGCAAUAUAAAAAAUGUCCUCGGAUAAGGAUUAAAAAAUAAUAAAAAAAGAUAAUCAGUA